CCCACCGCCCGAGUUAACCCAAAACUCAAACUCACAUAGUACGAGACUCGAAUAGAAAUAGCUCAGACAGUGUACGAGAACUAGAAGAAUAACUAGAAACGACAGCAGCAACGACAACAACAACAACGGGUCUGCUGAAUUCAAAACCCUAAAACCCCUUCUCUCUCUUUCUUUCUCUAAACCCUCCCAAAAACCCAGAAAACACAAUGAAGUUUCAAAUAGAAGACGUAACGGUGUACUUUCCGUACGAUCACAUAUACCCAGAACAAUAUGCGUACAUGGUUGAACUGAAGCGAGCUCUAGAUGCCAGAGGGCACUGCCUCCUCGAGAUGCCCACUGGCACAGGCAAAACCAUCGCUCUUCUUUCUCUCAUCACCAGCUACACUCUCUCUAAACCCAACAACCCUGUCAAGCUCAUCUACUGUACCCGCACUGUCCAUGAGAUGGAGAAGACCCUUGCAGAGCUCAAGCUCCUCCAUGCUUACCAGACUACUCACAUCGGGGACCGUGCUAGAAUCCUUGCUGUUGGGCUCUCUUCCCGCAAGAACCUGUGUGUUAAUUCGCGUGUUUUGGCUGCGGAGAAUCGGGACUCAGUUGAUGCUAGUUGCCGGAGACUGACGGCCAGUUGGGUCAGGGCGGCAGCAGCGGCAAACCCCAAUUUGCCCACAUGUGAGUUUUUUGAAGAGUAUGAGAAGGCAGGGUCUAAUGCAGUGUUGCCUCCCGGGGUUUAUACCUUGCAGGAUCUGAGGGCAUACGGGAAGGAGAAAGGGUGGUGUCCAUACUUCUUGGCACGACAUAUGGUGCAAUUUGCAAAUGUGGUGGUUUAUAGUUAUCAAUAUUUGCUUGAUCCCAAGGUGGCUGGGUAUAUAUCCAAGGAAAUGCAGAAGGAGUCUGUUGUGGUGUUUGAUGAGGCACAUAAUAUUGAUAAUGUGUGUAUAGAAGCUCUUAGUGUUAGUGUGAGAAGGCAGACACUUGAAGGGGCCAGAAGGAAUCUCAGCAAAAUGCGGCAGGAGAUUGAGAAGUUUAAGGCCACAGAUGCUGGUAGAUUGCGCGCAGAGUACAAUCGGCUUGUUGAGGGUUUGGCACAAAGAGGAAACUUACCUUUCACGGACAACUGGCUCUCCAAUCCUGCCUUACCUGAUGAUAUUCUGAAGGAGGCUGUGCCUGGAAAUAUCCGCCGAGCAGAACAUUUUCUGCAUGUCUUACGUAGAUUGGUCCAAUAUCUGGAGGGGCGGCUGGAAACUGAUAACGUUGAGAAGGAGGGGCCUGUUGGCUUUGUUGCAUCUAUUAAUACUCAUGCUGGAAUUGACCAAAAAACACUGAAGUUUUGUUAUGAUCGCCUACAUUCACUGAUGUUAACACUAGAAAUCACUGACACUGAUGAAUUCUUACACAUCCAAACAAUAUGUGACUUCGCAACACUUGUAGGGACAUACACUCGUGGUUUUUCAAUUAUAAUUGAACCUUUUGAUGAGAGAAUGCCCCAUAUUCCUGACCCUGUGCUGCAGCUUAGUUGCCACGAUGCUUCUCUUGCUAUAAAGCCCGUAUUUGAUCGAUUCCAGUCAGUUGUCAUUACAUCUGGAACUCUGAGUCCAAUUGAUCUCUACCCCCGUCUACUUAAUUUCCAUCCAGUUGUUAGUCGAAGUUUUACUAUGUCCUUAACAAGAGAUUGCAUAUGCCCAAUGGUUCUCACUCGUGGAAGUGAUCAGCUUCCUGUCAGUACCAAAUUUGACAUGAGAAGUGAUCUUGGUGUUGUACGAAAUUAUGGGAGGCUUUUACUGGAGAUGGCAUCUGUUGUUCCAGAUGGGAUUGUAUGUUUCUUUGUUAGUUACUCAUAUAUGGAUGGCAUAGUGAACAGUUGGAAUGAAAAUGGAAUUUUAAAGGAAAUAAUGCAGCAUAAGCUUGUCUUCAUCGAGACUCAGGAUGUUGUAGAAACUACUUUGGCUCUUGACAACUAUCGCAAGGCUUGUGAUUGUGGGAGGGGUGCCAUCUUUUUCUCUGUUGCCAGGGGAAAAGUUGCUGAGGGUAUAGACUUUGAUCGACAUUAUGGUAGACUGGUCAUUAUGUUUGGUGUUCCUUUUCAGUACACAUUGAGCAAGAUUUUGCUUGCCCGGUUGGAAUAUCUACGGGAUACCUUUCAGAUUAAGGAAGGAGAUUUUCUGACUUUUGAUGCCUUGAGACAGGCUGCUCAAUGUGUGGGCCGAGUGAUCCGGUCAAAGGCUGAUUAUGGGAUGAUGAUCUUUGCUGACAAAAGGUAUAGCCGUCAUGACAAGCGCUCUAAAUUGCCUGGGUGGAUACUGUCACAUUUACGUGAUGCACACCUGAAUUUGAGCACAGACAUGGCUCUGCAUAUAGCACGGGAGUUCCUUAGGAAGAUGGCUCAACCAUAUGAUAAGGCUGGUGGCAGUGGUAGGAAAACCCUUUUGUCCCAAGAAGAUGUGGAGAAGAUGAGCGAUGGCAUCUUGAACGAAAUGCAGUAUUGAGGAUUUAUCUGCCUGCUAGCAAGUUUUCAGUCUGAGGGUGGUUUGUUGGUCGAUCAUUCAUUCCUUGGGAUCCAUGCUUACAUAGAGUAGUUGGCUUAAGUUGUGGAACAAUUAUGUGAGAAAUAGCUUCCUCUUACAGCAGAAAAUACCAUUCUUAUAGCACUGAAUUUUCCCUGAUCCUUGAAUUCAAAGAGGUGUUAGAAUGUUCUGCGUGGUCUCACAAAAAUCAAAUUUUGUUUUGUUUUUAUUUUUUUCGUUUCUUUCUUGGGGGGACAAAUUCCUGGUGCAGGUGUAUAUUUUUAGUUAUACUGCCAUUCCCUUUUCUCUAUUGUGAGUUGUGGUAUUUGUGGCUUAUUUUCGUACUGUCAAAUCAUAAAGCAUUCAUGAAUUUUCCUCA